UGUUGUUGCAGGGGGAAAUCGAUCAGCCCACGCUGAGCUGAAAUUGUUGGGUUUUUGAAUGCUUGGUCCCUUUUCUGAGCCGGUUUUAGGUAGAUCAACAAGUCAGUCAGCAAACUAGCUGGGUUGCACAGGGGAACAUCAUGUCUUCUGUAAGUCCUAACUCCCUCUUUGGCAUGGGAAACCCCUUAUUGGACAUCUCUGCUGUUGUGGAUAAAGACUUCUUGGACAAGUACUCUCUGAAGCCCAAUGACCAGAUCCUGGCUGAGGACAAACACAAAGCACUAUUUGACGAGCUUGUAAAGAAGUUCAAAGUUGAGUAUCACGCUGGAGGAGCUACACAAAACUCUGUUAAGAUCGCUCAGUGGAUGAUCCAAGAGCCUCAUAAUGUGGGAACGUUCUUUGGCUGCAUCGGCAACGACAAGUUUGGGGCGAUCCUGAAGGAAAAGGCCCAGGAAGCCCACAUCGAUGCGCACUAUUACGAGCAAGACAAAGAGCCCACAGGGACAUGUGCUGCUUGCAUUACUGGCGCUAACAGAUCCCUGGUAGCUAAUCUAGCUGCUGCUAACUGUUACAAGAAGGACAAGCAUCUAGACCUAAAAGAAAACUGGAAGCUUGUGGAACAAGCUAAGGUCUACUAUAUUGCUGGUUUCUUCCUGACUGUCUCUGUGGAGUCCAUCCUGAAAGUAGCGAAACACGCUUCAGAAAAUAACAAGUUGUUUUGCAUCAACCUCUCCGCACCCUUCAUCUGCCAGUUCUUCAAGGACAACCUCAUGCAGGUUAUGCCGUAUGUUGAUGUGCUCUUUGGCAACGAGACGGAAGCAGCUACCUUUGCUAAAGAGCAAGACUUCAAGACUGAGGACAUUAAGGAGAUUGCAAAGAAAGCCCAGGCUUUACCAAAAGUGAACACUAAGAGAAAGAGGAUUGUAGUGUUCACACAGGGGAAGGAAGACACUGUAAUGGCCAUGAGUGACAAAAUCAAUACUUUCCCUGUACUGAAGAUCGACCCCAAGGACAUUGUUGACACCAACGGUGCAGGCGAUGCCUUUGUUGGAGGUUUCCUGUCUGGGCUCGUCCAGGAGAAUUCUCUGGAUCUGUCCGUGAAGGCGGGACAUUACUCUGCCAACGUGAUAAUCAGACGAGCAGGUUGCACCUUUCCAGAAAAGCCUGACUUCAAGUGAGGAGUCCCAGAGAACUUUUCCCUCAGUCUGAAACCUCGUACUGCCUCCACAACCACGACCCAGAAUUUUAAUUUUGUUUAAAAAACUUUUUUUUUUUAAGUUGGCCACUUGAUCACAUCAUUUUUAUUUGGGUUUCAGUGCAUUGGUGCAUUUUCUCCACAAGGGAUCAGUAGAGGGUCAAGCAACCAAGAGCUAAGGGAGAGUUUAACAAUAUUCCCCAUCGUCAUUGCAAGUUGGUUUAUGUGAGGGAAUUAGAUUUCUAGUUUUAAGAUCGAUUCUAAAUGCGUUUUUGCUUUGGCACCUUCAGUUUUUGACCAUCCUAUUGUGCUGCAAGCACACAAGUCAGCCUUUCAUAGUUUUGUUGUUUCCUCCCUUGAGAAAUAGAAUCCAGGUUAAAAAAAAAAAAAUUAAGAAGAAAGAAUAAAACACAGCUGUCAAAGAGGGAGUUUUAAAGUAUAGCACUGACAUUGGUUUUUAAUGAUCUACUUUUUGUUUCUUUUUUUUUUUAACAGGCCAGUUAUGGAACCAAAUCUUGUUUUUAAAUUUUUUUUUUGUUUUAAAUACAGAUAUUAGUUGUGUAAAACACUGCCCAGUAAAUGUUAAUUUAACUCUGGAAGUGAUAUUCAGGUCCUGACCUUGUUUUGUCAUGUUACUCAUUAGGAACUAUGUCAAGUGUCAGUAUUUCUUCUGUAAACAUCACAAAGUUUGCAGGUAAAAGUGUAUUUCUUCUGUAAACAUCACAAAGUUUGCAGGUAAAAGUGUAUUUCUUCUGUAAACAUCACACAGUUUGCAGUUAAAAGUAAGAGGAGUGAAAGUGAACAUGGACUUCUCCAUGGAGAAACGUUUAUAACAGGUCAGUGAGGUGAAAGUGAGCUUAUGUGUCAUACGAUGUAAAUCUGUUACAAGCAUCAGAAUUGAUCAAUAUAGAUGGGUGUUUUUUUUUGUUUUUAAAUCCAAUGAUAUUAGUAAACCUCUUUAAAGUGAGGGAGAAGAAAUUGAAGGAAAGGGGAAAAAAACUUAAUCAAAUAUGGGGCCAAAUUUUCAAACGAUGUAACUACAUGAGUGUUUGUCAUGUUCAUAACAUUGAAUACUUGAAUAUAUUAUCCCUGAUUAUAAACUUGUCCAAUUUUGAUAAAAUAGUAAUGUGCAGUUUCUGAAUGAUGUAAGUAGUGUUUUGAAAAUUGCCUGCAUGUACCGUUACAAUGUAAGUUUAUCAGUAUGAUAAGCUUCCUUUAUGUCCAUAAACACCAAAAAGCCUUAUCAACGUUGAUCCCUGGUCUCAAUAAUACUAAAAUUGUCUGUCAUUCUGGGAGACUGUUGAUGUGUGAAGCUGUCAAAUAAAACUGAAUGAUUCUUAACUUUA